CCAGCUCCAGCUGCUGGUUAAAUUUUGCAAAACAACCGAAGAAUCAACAGAUCAGAGCAAGUUGCGAGCGGGCAAGCGACUUCGCAGCGCGACUUCCACGGAGCAGCUUCACGAGAUCCGCGAGCAGAGCCAGCGCCACCCUCGGCAGCUGCCCUCUCACCCGAGCUGGCAGAAGCGAUGGCGUCCGAGCUUCAGGACAUCCAGUUGACCGAGGCGAAACCACUGCUGGUGGAGAACGUCCCCACGCCCGUGCCCGUCAUCCCCGAGGCCGCGGAGGGUGAAGUCUCUGCACAAGCCUUCGUCGACGUCGAGAGCAAGGAGCACGACAUCCAGACGGGGUACGGCCUGCUGCACGUGACCGUGCGCGGCUCCGGCAAGGGCAACCGCCCCGCAAUCCUCACCUACCACGACAUCGGCCUGAACCACAAAUCGUGCUUCAACGCCCUCUUCAACUACGAGGACAUGCAGGAGAUCAUCAAGAACUUCGCCGUCUACCACAUCGACGCUCCGGGCCAGCAGCCGGGGGCGCCGCUGUUCCCGCAGGGGUACCAGUACCCGUCCAUGGACCAGCUGGCCGACAUGCUGCCCGGGAUCAUGACCCAUUUCAGCCUGAAGAGCAUCAUUGGGAUUGGAGUGGGCGCAGGCUCAUACGUGCUGGCGCGGAUGGCCAUGAACAACCCGAGCCUGGUCGAGGGCCUGGUGCUCAUCAACAUCGAGCCACACGCCAAGGGCUGGUUCGACUGGGCAGCGUCCAAGAUCACCAACCUGACCAACACCCUGACGGACACCGUGCUCUCUCAUCACUUCAGCCAGUCGGAGCUGAGCAACAACGCAGACCUGAUGCAGACCUACAAGCAGCACAUGCUGGAGGAGAUCAACCAGCAGAACCUGUCCCUGUUCGUCAAUGCCUACAACAGCCGGAGAGACCUGGACCUGGGGAAAGCAUCGCUGGGGCAGCCGGCUAAGACUCUCAAGUGUCCUGUGAUGCUGGUGGUUGGAGACUCCUCGCCGAUGGUGGACGCUGUGGUCGAGUGCAACUCCAAGCUGGACCCGACCCAGACGUCCUUCCUCAAGAUGUCCGACUGCGGAGGCCUGCCCCAGUGUGUCCAGCCGGCCAAACUCACAGAAGCCUUCAAAUACUUCGUCCAAGGAAUGGGCUACAUGCCGUCGGCCAUGCUGACGCGGCUCUCCCGGUCACGGACCGCCUCGCGGAGCUCCAGCAUCUCGGGCGAAGACGGACGCACGCGUGCCCGCACGCGCACCAACUCCGAGUCCAAGGAGGGGCAGUACGCCGAGGUCUUCUGAGCUCGCUUGGCCCAACCCGGCCCGGCCCGACGACACGCUCUCGACCCGUCCUGCUCCCCGCCCGGCCCGGCCUGGCCCUGCUGUGCCCUGGCCUGGCCUGGCCUCCUUUGAUCUGCACGUGGAUACAUCCGAUCUGAUAUAGUUUAGUCUGACUUUGCCUAUUUGUUUAAUGGUGGGGCUGGACUGGUCUGGUCAGAUUCGAUCUGAUGUGGCAGGAUCUGUCUUGACCCCGACUGGACUGGUUGGGACUGGUCUAGCCACACUUGGUAUGAUUUUACCCUUUUUAGGCUGGUCUGAUUCUGAUGAGAUCCUGUCUGGUGUGGCAAAAUAUGACCUCGCCUCACCUGGUCUGGUUUGAUAUCGUUUGGUCCUCCUGUCUGGGGCGUCCAGAUCUGGUCUUUAAGUGGCUCCAUUUUGUCUGAUUCUGUGACCCAGUUGUACUCAGUCUGAAUUGGCCAUCUUCACAGGGCUGGCAUUGUUCAGUUGAGUCCACCCUGGCCUGGUGUGAGCAUCACCUGGAACAUCUGCCUGGGUCUGGUUUGGGUGAUUCUGAUGAUUGCUUGGCCUAAUUAUGCCUCGUUUAGUCUGGGCUUGGCUCUGAUCAAUCUACUCUGGUCAGACCAAUAUUAGUUUAUAUUACACUAGCUAGGUCCUGGUCUGACCCACUUUAGUGUAGCCUGACCUCGCCUGGUUGGGUCUGGGCUGGUUUAUUCCGGCCUGGGCUGGUUUAUUCCGGCCUGGGCUGCCCGAGUCUGGUGCGGUCGAGCUGCCUGCAGCCCGCCGGAGGCACCGCUAACCCCCCCGCCCCCCACCCCCCGCUCGCUAUUGUUCUUUGCGACACGAGGAGGAGGAGGCACGUCGUAGUGAAACCUGUGUGUGGCCCUAGCCCAUCGCGACGACGUUCUCCCACAUAACGUGGUGAACGUUCCCAUUCAGUGGGUGGGUCAGUCUCUCUCAAGACGUGGGGCUCGGAAUGAAUGACGCGGCGCAAACACCGACCCCCAAUGCAAUCGACUCGUUAACCUCCGCCCCAAUGUAUCGACUCGCCAAUUCAGCACAGGCCAUUUGGCCGCCCUCCACUGCCCCACCCCCCCCCCCGUUGCGUUUCCCAUGCGCGCUCGUGUGGGAUGGGAGCGACGCAAGUUUGCGUCUUUUGAGAAAGCGUCAGAAUUCCGAGACACUGGGAGGGAAAGAGUCCGCGUUUUUGCAAGACCCGAUUUAAAUAAAUGGAGGAAGCGUCUCCCCCUUUUUUUAUUUUCUUACAAAAGGCCAGUCUUAACCUAAUAAAGGAAGGUGCUUUGUCCUGUACAGUAAAUUGCGUUCCAUACGUUGGGGAUGCGCUGCCGAUUUAUAAACGACGCGGAAGGAACGCACGGACACGCAGGCUUUAUUUGUUGUAUGGAGCAGGAGCCUGCUGCUGCUGUUGCCGGAAUGAAGUUUUUGCUGCAAGUACAUUAUUUUUGUUUUCUUUCCCUGAUUUUUGAAUCGCAUCGAGCGGGGGACGAACAAAAGCCGAGCUCUACGCCCGUCGCUGGCGUUUUCCGGGCAAAACUGAACACUUCGUUCUGCCCAUCGCCACAUCUCUCUACAGUAUAUAUAUAUUUUUGGGCGAGUAAAAAAACAUGAACAAGGACUUAAGAUUUGUCAGUGUCCUUAACCGCAAAACAGACUUUGGUGUUCAUGAUCUGGCUUAUAGAAUUGCUUUUUAAGGCUCCACUUUGGGGGGCAAAGUGAGAUGCAACAGAUACACUGCCCGCCCACCCACCCGCCCGGGGUCUGCUCAACAAGAACGAUGCAUCGCUGUAUCCGUAGCGGGGACCUCUCUAAGAGUCACGGCAAGAGGUUCUCCCGAGUUUUUCUAAUCCGGUGGAGGGAACGUGGGACUUGUUCUAACUGUGCAGUAUAGUCUUCCUGAAAGUAUAUAAAUAUAUAAAUAUUACAAAUAAUUACAAUUAACCGCGGCCUCCUUAAAAUCAAUAAUAAAGUAAUUUUUUUUAACAUUUUCGUUUCUUCGUAAUGGCUUAAGUAUUAAAAGAAAGAUUUGUUUUGCAGCGAAAAAUAGUUUUGUAGGGCUUAGGCAUUAAUGCAUUUGUGUAACUUUGUGCCUGUUUUUGAUGCAGAUUUGUUGAAAUAAUCCGGUGUUUAAAAAAAAAAAACCCUAUCGGUUAAUACCUGUAUCACUGAAACUGACUGUAGUGUUUUUUUCAGAAUAAAAAAAUUAAUGAACUGACUAAUAAA